UUUAACAUGAUUACCGAAACUCAACCAUUACUUGGAGGAAAUGAAAGAACAAAGAAAUUGGAUUUUUGGACUUCAUUAAAAGUCACCACUUUAUCAUCCAAGUUUAAUAUAUUAUUGGUCUUUGUUCCUAUUGCCCUUUUUGUGUCAUUUAUGGGAUCAUCAGCUCCUGUGGUAUUCUCUUUAAAUUUUAUGGCCAUCAUUCCUUUGGCUAAAUUAUUAGGUUUUGCAACGGAAGAAAUUGCAUUACGUUGUGGUAGUACUGUUGGAUCGUUAUUGAACGCAACAUUCGGUAACGCAGUGGAGUUGAUUCUUGGUGUAGUUGCUUUAGAUAAAGGUUUGAUUCGUGUGGUUCAAGCAUCUGUUCUUGGCUCCAUCUUAUCGAACAUUCUAUUGGUACUUGGUUUUUGCUUUUUACUUGGAGGAGCUGGUCGUAGUGAACAAAGUUUCAAUAUCACUGCUGCGCAAACUUCUUCUUCUCUUCUUGCUUUAACUACGUUGUCAUUAUUGGUCCCUGCUGCUUUUAGUGCUACAGCUGAAACUGAAGAAGAUGCUGAAGUGGGCGUGUUGAAUCUAAGUCAUGGUACGGCUUUGAUUUUAUUAGUAGUUUAUGUCUUGUUUUUGAUAUUCCAGCUCAAAACUCACUCUCAUUUGUACGAAGAUGAAGAAGAUGAAGAAGAACAACCAACUACAUCUUUGUCUUUUUCUGUUUUCGCAUUAAUCGUGAUCGCUGCUGUUGUUUCCAUUCAUGCAGAAUUUCUAGUAGGAGCUAUUGAAGGUGUUGUAUCAAGUUGGGGUAUAGAUGAAACAUUUGUUGGUAUUAUUCUUUUACCUAUUGUCGGAAAUGCUGCAGAACAUGUUAGUUCAGUGACAUUUGCUAUGAAAAACAAGAUGAACUUAUCAGUUGGUAUUGCAGUAUCAUCCUCUCUUCAAAUUGGAUUAUUGGUCACACCAGUAUUAGUGAUUGCUGGAUGGGCUAUUGGACAACCCAUGACUUUAUUCUUUGAUGACUUUGAAACCGUGAUUCUUUUCUCUAGUGUAUUGAUUGUGAAUUAUCUUAUUCAAGAUGGUCGAUCCAAUUGGUUGGAAGGUGUUCUACUUUUGUCAUCCUAUGCUAUUGUUGCUUUAGCCUUCUAUUGUCAUCCAACAAGUCGUGGAUCUGAUUAAGGGGAUCAUCCUUGAUCACCUCUUUUUUUCUCUUUUUAUAUAUAUCUUUUUUGUUUAUAUCUAUAUACAUAUUAUAUAUUUACCUCUAUUUGUUAUCUCAAUAAAAAAAAAAUACAAUGUUUUUUUUCUGUUUAUGCAUAAAGGACAUUUGAUGUGUAUAUCAAAAAGUAAAACUCGCCUUUAUAAUGUCUUUAUUCAAG